GCAGCGCAGGAGACCUGCCACCAAUGCCGAAGACACUUGCCGCGCAGUGGCGGCGGCGACGGUGGAGCAUGAGGUACCAGACGAACCAAAAGAUGAUGGCAGCAAUCACGCCAAUCAACACAAUGCCGGUAAGCUUGUCGGAGGAGGAGGUCUCAGGCUCGGUGAAGGCCCUGGAAUCUCUGUCCGACAUUGGGGUAGCGGACUACCAAUGUCGGACGGCAAUUCCGUAGAUUCCAGAUCUUUUGUCGAGCAUGAGACCUCUUCCGACAGGCUUACCAGCAUUGUGUUGAUUGGCGUGAUUGCCGCCAUCAUCUUUUGGUUCGUUUGGUAUCUCUUGCUCCACUGUCGCCGGACGCGUUGCAAGACGGUGGUCGACGUCACUGCGCGACAAAGGUCUUCGGCAUUGGUGGCAGGUCUCCAACGCUGCACCUUCGAUCCAGCUGCAGGAGACGUGACGGAUAGUUGCGUAGUUUGCUUGGAGGUGUGCGAGCCAAGUGAGGAGCUGGCUUAAAAUUUGGGUUAAGUUUUUUAUUUUGCUGAAAAAAAGUUGUACAAGGGACUUUAUAAAGUCAAAACACAUUCCACAUAAAGCCCAAACUUUUAAAAUCUAAACACAAAGACCGAACACAUGACCAGAAAAAAACAAACAACGAGCAAAAAAUUUAGGAAAUUCUAGAAAAUCUGGGGUUGUGAAUUUGAAUAUGUCGAUGCAUGGGCUUAUGCAAAUUUCGUUGUCUAUAUAUUUGAAUUCAAAUUCUAGAGCUUAUUUUCAUUCAUUUUAUUGAAAUUGAAGAUGGUUAUAUCAAAGUGGGUAGUGUAGUUGAUUUUUUUUUGUGUUCGAGAGGAUAAUUAAAAAAUUAUUCUUUGAUUU